CCUGCUUAUUUAUACGAGUGGGCCUACACGCAGAUUGCUAGAAAAAUAUUUUGACAUGGCUACUGUGAAGUGUAUGUUUGUCGCUUUUUACAUCGCUUGCGGUGUCUUACUGCACGUGUAUGCUUGGGAUGAUGCACGCUGGCAAUGCAUCCGUCCAAUUCAUCAUAUCAAGUCGGUACAUCACGCUGUCUUUGUUCCUCAACAAGAUGGAACACCAUGCAUGCACGGCUAUUGCUUCCAAGGAAUGUGUGUCGAAGACGAAAAUCAGCGCCCUUUGCAGCGCAGGAAGCGAUCACUAAGGAGCUUCAUCGCCGGAUUCACAUUAGGAAGACGUGCGGGAUUGAGGCAAGCCAGACGACGUAGUCGGAUGCGGGGAUUUGGCUGGCGCUGAAUUAUCCGACGUAUUCAAACAAGCGGCUGCAAGUUCCCCCGCCGUUGAAGAUCUCUACAUGGUGCAAGGACAACUUGGCCUGCUGGAAGCGAUGUAUUUAGUCACAGUUAUGGUAACGGUUCUGCUGGGAGAUGUACGUGUUUGUGCUUUCAAUUGUGCACAAGCCUAUUGAAACUUUCCGUGAAAAAUAAAGAAACUAAGCUCGU